AUGUCGAAUUUGUUCGUGCAAGAUAUAAAUAAGGAUGGGUUUAGGCAUAAAUUGGCUGAAGAGGUUCGGCUCGAAAAAGGCAAUUCGAGGGCCUUCGCAGGCCCGUUGAGGCUGCUUCGCGUGUGGGGCCGGGUGUAUGCAAUGGGCGGGCAGUUGAGCUUCGCGAUUGGAAACUCGCAGUCAGUGGACGUGUACUGCCUCGGGACUCGUGCAUUGCUGCAGAUUAAGAAGGGGUGUGUCGGGUGUCAACACUGCACGGCGCCGCUCAUUUUUCACCGCCAUCUGCAAUACGUGUCGUACCCAUACGUCGCAUAA